GUUAAUAAACAUCAGUACCGGUCGAUCCGGACGCGGAUUAGCUACUGAAAAGUUGAGUAGAGAGACUGAAGUGACGUCACCAAGUUCGGUGGGCCCAACCAUGAUGUAUGUUUUGCAUCCACACCGUCUAUCCAUUUGGAGAGAUCAUACUAGGGCAUGAUCCAUAGAAUCAUUCAGAUCAAAAUCUUGAGUGGACCCCACAAUAGAAAACAUUGUGGAGAGUAACGUUCACCCUUAAAAAGUUCCAAGGGCCACCAAAGUUUCCAUUGAAGCUGAUAUUUGUGUUUUCCCUUCUUUCAUGUAUGCGUUAACACAUGAACAUGUUGGAUCUCAAAAAAAAACAUCAUGGUGGACCUUCAGAAGGUUUCAACGGUGGGCGUCACUCUCCCCAGUGUUUUCUGUGGUGGGGUCAACUCCAGCCUUCGAUCCUCAUCAUUCUUUGGCUUAUACGCUAAAAUGAUCUCUACAAAUGUAUGAACGGUGUGGAUACAAAACAUAACCUGGUGACGUCACUUGAGUAGCGAGUCUCGCUACUCAACGUCUCAGUAGCUAAUCCGCGUCCAGUCGAUCCAGCUUAUUCUCUCUUUUCUUAACAGUUUCUCUUCCUUCCUCUCCUCAGCUUCUGAAAAGUGAAGUCAUAUAAACGGAGAUUUCACAGCAUUACUUUGAACGGUGCCUUCAUUUCAUUCCUCUGCUGCUUUCAAAAGCACCGUUACCUCCCAUCCAUCCAUUCAUCCAUCCAUCUAUCUAGAAUGGACCUGUGGGAAAUCAUUCUCUUCUUCUGGGCUCCUAUUUGUCGGCACAUCGGUUAUUUCAAAGACCUCAACAACAAUGUAGAGACUCUGAAUAGGAAAACGAAAAAGCUAAAACGCAAGCAUGAUGAAAUUCAAGCAGAAGUCGAGGAUGCUAUACCAGUCGGAAAGAGACAGAAAACCCUUGUGGAGAAUUGGCUCACGGAAGUCAGAAAUACCGAAAACCAAGUUGAUUCAAUAAGAUUGGAGCUGGCACUAAGGAGAAUAUGCACCGAUCACUCGUCUCGUUAUACAUUGGGAAAAAGGGUCGUUGAAAAGCUCGAAGACAUCAAAAAGCUCAACAAAAAGCUCAAAGCUAAAGGGGUCUUCGAUAAGGUGGCUGAGAGCAGUCGACAUCCAAGGGUGUUGGAAAAGCAAACAUCACUACCACGAGGACAACAAAGCACGUUUGAGCAAACCUUGGAGGAGAUAUGGCAAUGCUUAAACGAGGAAGAGAAUGGAAUCAUAGGUAUUUGUGGGAUGGGUGGAAUAGGAAAAACCACUCUCAUGAAAGAAAUAAACAAUAGGUGCACCAAUACCCGUGACUUCGAUGUCGUGAUUUGGAUAACUGUGUCCAAGGAUCUCAACUUGGGAUUAAUCCAAGAGGAGAUUGGAAACAGAUUGGGUAUGAAAUUCGACAGAAACGAAGAUAAGGUUGACAAGCUGUUUGCUCGGUUGAAGAAUCUUAGGUAUCUGCUCAUCUUAGAUGAUCUAUGGGAAUCAUUUAGCUUGAUUCAAGUUGGAAUUCCCAAGCCAGACAAGCAAAACAGAUGCAAGAUCGCGAUAACAUCCCGAUCCGUCGCAGUGUGUAAUGCAAUGGGGGCUGAUAAGUCUAUUAAAGUCAGAGCUCUUACGACUGAGGAAGCAUGGAAUUUGUUCUGUGAAACAUGUGGGGAUGCAGUUCUGUUAUCAGAAACUCGACCGGUAGCUGAGGAGGUUGCAAAGGAGUGCAGCGGAUUACCACUUGCGAUUAAGACAGUGGGUGGGGCCAUGCGUGGCAAGGAUAAGAAAGAGGUAUGGAGGAAUGCAUUGAGGGCAUUGGAAGGAGCAUCACCUGAGGUUUCAGGUAUGGAGCGUCAAGUGUUUCUUCCUUUGAAACUUAGUUAUGAUAGCCUAGAAAAUGAUGAGAUCAAAUCAUGUUUCCUGUAUUGUUCAUUGUUUCCGGAAGAUUAUCUUAUACCAAUAGAUGUGCUAGUAAGAUACUGGGCAAUGGAGGAAGGAUUCAUAGAAAAUGUGAAUAAUUUGGAAGAAGCAUCAAACAAGGGACAUGAUAUCCUUGAAAGAAUGAAGGACGCAUGCCUCUUGGAGAAAGUGUCUUGCGGAAAUGAAUUCGUUAGGAUGCAUGAUUUGCUCCGUGACUUGGCUAUAUGGAUCACUUCACCAUCGUCAUCGUCCAUUGAAGGCACAAAAUUCCUUGUGAAAGCUGGGGAGGGACUAGUGCAGCCACCAGAAGAGAAAAUGUGGGGAGGGGUUGUAAGGAUUUCAUUGAUAUGCAGUAAGAUAAAACAUCUCCAAAUUACGCCUGAUUGUCCUAACUUGGUCUCCUUGUUCCUCAAUCAAAACAGUCAAUUACGUACCAUUCACAGUAAUUUCUUCCAGCUCAUGCCAAAACUACAGAUCCUUGAUCUAAGUGCUACUGGCAUUGAAUCUCUCCCGAUGUCAUUGUUGCUAUUGGUGAAUCUACGUGUGCUCAGUCUAAGAUACUGCAAAGAUCUAGUGGAGGUGCCGCCGUUGGGAAAACUGAAGGAACUCCAAAUUCUUGAUCUCUCAGAAUCUGGCCUCAAAAACUUCCCUCAAGGCAUUGCAAGCUUGGUUAAACUCAAGAGGUUGGAUAUAUCAUUGACUUCAUUCACUACAAUUCCCUACGCUAUGAUAUACGGGCUUCCUAGUCUGGAGGAAGUAAGCAUGACGAAUUUGGAGGAACACGUGGACGGAGCUACUUUCAGUGAGGCUGUGAACAUGAAACGCCUGAGAUCUUUAAGUAUCAGUGUGUCCAAUCUUAAUGGCUUCAUCGCACUUGAUAUGUUCCAUCGAUGGUUUUCGGGUUUGACAAGUUUCCAUGUUACGGUUAAAUCUGCAUUUUGCCUGCCUCUUUCUAAUAAGCAGAUAAGCAUUGGUGAAUGUGACAAAUUCCCCUGCGGGAUUGAGGGGUUGAUAAAAUAUGCCUUCUCUUUAGACUUGUAUAAAAGCAAAGGUUUAACAAGUCUUUCUAAGUUCCAAGGCGAUUUAAAGAGCUUAAGAGAUCUUCGAGUCGAUGAAUGCAGUGAAGUGGAAUGCAUUAUAGACUGGAGAGAGGUUGGAGAUGAUGCAUUCCAAUGUUUACAGAGGUUGGAUCUAUAUAGUUUGCCAAACUUGGAGAAGGUAUUCGAUGGUGGAGCACCUCCUCCUCUGAACACAAGCCUGCAAAACCUCAGAAGAAUAUGGGUUGAUGAAUGUGAAAAGUUAAGGAGUCUCUUCUCUUCUAGUAUGGUAGAGCAACUACAUCAGUUAGAGGAGCUUACCAUAAUGAAAUGUUUCCAAAUGAAAGAGAUUAUAGCAGUAGACAAGCUGCCCCAUAAUUCAUUCCCAAAAUUACGCGUCCUAAGAUUGGUUUACUUACGAGAAUUAGAAAGCAUUUGUAGCCAGCGAUUUAUGUUUAUAUCUUUGGAAGAGAUGAAAGUAAUUUCCUGUCCUAUGUUGAAAAAGCUCCCUCUCUUCAGCUCAAGCAUCCAUGAAAUAAAAGGAAAUAUAGAAGGCGAGAGAGAAUGGUGGGAAGGAUUAGAGUGGGAAGACGAGAAGGCCAAGUCCCUCUACACCAGAAUUUAUAAGGGUCCCUGAUUUGCAGAUGAAGAAGCUUCCUCUCUCCUUGAUGUACAAAAAAGAGAGAUUUGCUGGAUAAUACCGGGAGGAGAACAUGAAGAUCCAAAGUCUCCCGAGAUAUUCCCAUGCUGAGAAAUCGGUCUGUUAUUGCUGUAUGAAUUAUUGCCUUUACAAGCAAUUGGGGACGUGGAUUGCGUGGUGUCGCAAUCUCAGUGGUUUGAUGACAUUGCAAAGUUCUGUGGGCGCUACCAUGAUGUAUGUAUUAUAUCCACACUGUCCAUUCAUUUUUUAAGAUCCUUUUAGGGAAUGAAACAACACAUCAGACAGAUCCAAAGAUUAAGUGAGACCACACCAUUAGGAAGUAAUGGAGAUUGAACACCCAUCUUCUUGGGGCCAAAGAAGUUUUCUAUCAAGCUGAUAUCUGUAUUUUCCAUUCAUCCUGGUACGUGUGACCUUAUGAGAAGUUUUGGAUGGCAAAUAAACAUCAUGGAGGACCCUUGGAAGAUUUCAAUGGUAGAAAUCAUUGUCCUACUGCUUUUGUGGUGUGAUUCCCUUGGGCUUUGAAUCUACCUCAUUUUCAUGCUCAUGCCCUAAAAUGAUAUCUAGAAAUGAAUAGACGAUGUGGAUGUAAUACAUACAUCAUUUUGGGUCCACAGAACAUUGCUACGUAACACGCCAGAGAGGUACGCAAUCAGUCUCCGGCAAUGGUUACCUCCGAACGUGUAAAAGCAUUUCUAGGAGCUCACUAUGUCUUUUAUAUUUAUUUUGAAGUUAUUGUUGUAUUAAUUACUGCUUUGGAAGGCUUUGUCACUCUCUGUUUUAUUUAAUUGCUGAGAAUGGUUUUUUUUUUUUUCUUUGUACUUUUACCGGAAAAUAAGCAUUUUUGUGGCUA